AUGGUAGCAUGUAAUAGAACGCUCGAAGACGCGCACAUCAUCGAAGACCCGCUCUGGCAAGGCUUCACCUUCCACCACUUCGGCCUCUUCCUCGCCGCCGUCUUCGGCCUCAUAUCCGUCGUCAUCUCCCUCUGGCUCAUCAUGAUGCACGCCCUCCACUACCUGCGCCCCGGCGAGCAGAAACAGAUCAUCCGCAUCCUCUUCAUGAUCCCCAUCUACAGCGUCGUCAGCUUCCUCAGCUACCUCUUCUACCGCAAAGCGAUCUACUUCGAAGUGCUCCGGGAUUGCUACGAGGCAUUCGCCAUUUCGAGUUUCUUCGCGCUGUUGUGCCAUUACGUCGCGCCGAACCUGCAUGAUCAAAAGGAUUAUUUCCGCACGAUACAGCCGAAGAAUUGGUUUUGGGCCGUGUUUGGGUUGCAGAAGUGUACGGGUGGGGAGAAUCGGGGGCCGUUCAGGAAGCCUAGGAGUGGGUUGACGUGGUUCAAUGUGAGCUGGAUAUGUUCUCGAAGAGAAAGUGAAAGACAAGGGACAUUGCGCUGACAUUUGGGGUUGCAGAUCGUCUGGGCGGGUAUAUUCCAAUACUGCUUCAUUCGGGUGACCUUUACGAUUGUCUCGGUGGUCUCCGAGGCUCUGGAUCGAUACUGCGAGGCGUCUCUCAAUCCAGCGUUUGCUCAUAUCUGGGUACUGGCUUUCGAAUCGCUAGCCGUCACGCUUGCCAUGUUCUUCGUGAUCCAGUUCUACAUCCAGCUCAAGGACGACUUGGCAGAGCACAAGCCAUUCCUCAAAGUGCUGAGCAUCAAGCUGGUCAUCUUCUUUUCCUUCUGGCAGACGGUAUGUUUGAUUGGUAACUGCCUCCGCAAAAUUUCACCAGCUCACAUUUCACAGAUCCUCAUCUCCUUCGUCUCUUCAGGCAAUGGGCCCCUCCAGCCCACCAAAACCCUAGCAUACCAAGACAUCAAAAUCGGCAUCCCUUCCGUAGCUCUGUGCAUCGAAAUGGCCGGCUUCUCCAUCCUCCACGUCUUCGCCUACCCCUGGAAACCCUACAGUAUCAAACACAUGUCCCACGACCCACUCACGGCAGCCGGAGCAGGCUACAGCGGCGAGGCACCCAAAUACCAAGGCGGGCCUCUCGGUCUCUGGGCUCUCGUCGACGCUUUCAACCCGUGGGACAUCAUCAAAGCCAGCGCUCGCGGAUUCCGAUGGAUGUUUGUGGGCGUGCGACACCGGCAUGAAGAUAUCAGCUAUCAGCCCGCGAAAUUUGGGUCUACGGAUACGGGUUAUAACGGCCUUGGGAAUGCGACGGAACUCCGGCAAGGCGGGGUGGGAGGUGGUGGUGGUGGGGGUGGUGAUGCGGCGUAUGAUGAUAGGACCGAAUUACUCGGGCAUUCACCGUACCCUACCGCCGCCGGGGGAGCGAGGGGCGCGUACGAAGACGUCUACCAGCCUCCUCCUCAUCCUCCUCCUCCUCACCACCACCACCAAGCGGCGGGAGGCAUGGGGACGGAAUUCAAGCCUUCGGACGUGUACGAUGAUGUUGAUGAUGAUGAUGAUGAUUAUGGUGGUACGAGGGGUUAUCAUCCGGGUAUGGGACCUCCUCCUCCUCCGAUGAUGGGCUCGGGAGGGAUCGUGGGUACGGGGCCGAGUGGGAAUGGAGUCCAUCCUGCGCAUAGGCCUGGACAGACACCUCCUCCUCCUCCUCCGCAGCAGCAGCCGCCUCCUUAUCCUUAUUAG